UCCUUAAACAGGCCAACACAAAGUGACUUACGAAAGGUCUUUCAGCUUAUUAAAACCUCUAGUUACUAGUGGCUAUAGGCAGCCUUUGUGCCAUAUUGAGAUGUACGGAUAGUUCCUGCGUUUGUUUUCGGACUGAUCUCACGGAGGAUUUGGAGCUGGGGGUUGUAGCCUAUCCUUUAAUGAUGACUUUUGCCAUGCUGCGGCCUGUGGCGACGCACUUGAUCUAUUCAGACUUCACUGUCACGUCUGAGGAUGAUGAAAACCGUAGCGAAAGCGACGGCUGCUCCGAACAAAGUUACUGCGGCACCUCACAAAAACGCAGAAGGAUUUCACGCAGACUGGAAGGAGACUCGGCGGUGGUCAUGAAACAGAGGAGCGCUGCAAACGCCAGGGAGAGAGGCAGGACGCAAAGUGUCAACACCGCAUUCACAGCUCUUCGGACUCUCAUACCCACCGAGCCAGUGGACAGAAAGCUCUCCAAGAUUGAGACUCUUCGCCUGGCAUCCAGCUACAUUUCCCACCUGGCUAACGUGCUUCUUACUGGAGACGGCGGCGCCGACGAUCAACCGUGUCUUGGAAAGGUUCAUGCGCAAGAAGAAAGCGGGACGAAGCAGCCGCGGACCAUCUGCACCUUCUGUUUGAGCAACCAGAGAAAAGGGAUCAAGGAUGGCAAAGACUGUUUAAAAAUGCGAGGGCUGGGUCCACUGCGAAUGAGACGCUGAUUGAAGACCAGUGAAUGAUAAGUAACCUGAAAUCCUCAGAGACUUUCUCAGGGAAGAGUCAGAGCUGGUGUUUCAUGGUGCACAAACACAAACACACACACACACAUGUUCACAUGCUGGAUCAAAUGGUGGAAGCAAAGAUGAGACUAUUUAUACUU